AUGAAGUGGACACCAAUUUUGAUUGACUGGGAUACCAGCGAUAGAACUCAAAUGGAUUACACCCAAGACACCACCAUGCCAGUAAACACAUUAGCCAAUACAGAAGGUAUGACUACUGGAGAAGCCGACCCUAGUAUGGGCGCCGAAACAGAAUCGUUAGAGAGAUUAGUAACGUUCGAUAAAGUGAUUUCUAAAGCUCAUAGAGAGUGCAUGGAGAUAGAAACUGACCUUAAACUCGUCCCAGAAUACUCCAACUUUCAGCAUUACUUAGCAUAUACAUACAAAGCUUCCAUUCCUGGUACUCACUGUUAUUGCAACCGCUGCCUCGGAUUUUUGGAAAUGGCGCACUGCAACGUUAUCAAGACCCGAAAUAUAUUGUACAGCAAGCUUGUUACUCUAGCUAAGAACAAUCUCCAAUAUCGCGAGAGAUAUUCGACAAUUUACCACCAACUCACGGGCUUCAGUGUUAAAUUUUCGGAUAUGCCUUUUGAUUUGCCAAUCAUAGAUAAUUCCUGCUACGAUUAUCAACUUCCCAGCCCUCUGGUUCUCGGAAUCUGCCACUUUCGUCGUCGCUAUGAAAAACUGGAGGCUUGCCAUGUCAAGAUUGUUCAGACGAAGAAUACUCUACGUCAACAAAUCGAUACCAUGAGGGUUAUGAAUAAAGAUUUACUUGAAAAAUGCGAUAAGCUGUUCGCAAUGAUGCAAAAGAAGCUUUCGGCCAAUUCAGAAACAUUCGAUGAGAACUACGAAUACGACCCCGAAGAUUCAUGCCCCUGUCGUCACAACUGCAGCGACUGCAAAGAGAUGAUGGAAGGACGAAGCAAGGCGCUCUACCGAGAAAGAUACGAAUUCAAUACUGAGUGCGAAACCACGAUGGAAGAAUACACGGAGCUGGAGGACAAAUACAAAGGCCUCGUCGCUCGUGUCACCAACUCUUCGCGAUUCCGAGUUUUCAGCGGCCCACACGAUGCCCAGGAGCAGUAUGAGGAUUACGUGUUUCUGAGAUCUGAAACAAAUGAAUCUAUCAUAGAACAAUACGGAGAUUCUCAAUCUUACCAAGACGCAGAUUCGGAUUCACCUCGCGAUCGUUGUGGUUCGUGUUCUCACUGUGCUUUGGAGUUGAAACUCAUCGAUACUGCCAAAGUCAACCGCAUUUUUCGUGAAUUAUUCAAAUUUAAGCAGCAAUAUAGGGAUUUGUUUGAGGAGUAUUCAAAUUUCCGAAAUAGAGUCAUAGGAGAUUAG